AUGCAAGGACAGCCAGCACCGCAAACACCUGCAUCUGACCUGCAUGAGCUUCUUAAGGAGAUCAAGGAGCUUAAGGCAGGGCUACUGGGUGACAGCGUGACACAUGACAACCCGACAUUUGAGGGCCCGCCAUGGGCAAACCAGGCGGCGUUGCAGUGUCGGAGGGCAGCAGGGGUGCCGGUUCUGGGGCUUCACGAGUCGGUGUCGCCGCUGCUUCGGGGACUCCCAUCACUCCAGGCGCGGCGGCCCCGACCACCUACGCAUGGCGCGGCUCUAUCAGCCGGGCCCGCCAAGUUGGCUGCUACCUCGACUCCCUCAACCUCCGCAUCUAGUGCGAUUCGCAGCAAAAUUGGAAGCCGCAUCGCUAAAGCUGGUGCUGUGGUGGCCGCAACCAGUUCCACGGCGCGAACGCCACCGACGAGCAGUACCAUUCCCAGCCCCGCGUUGCGCAGCGGCUCCCACACACUCCCCACUAAUUUACCGCCUCCCAGUCCAGCCUUCUCCACCUCCACACCGUCGUCCACCACCACGCCGCUUCAGCCGCAUGCCGUCACCCCAGCCAUGCCGCGCUCGGCGCGGCAGAAGCCGGUGGCUGCGGUGAACGCCCUGGGUGCCAUGGCGACAAGCAGCCGCAACAGCCCGCGUACCUCAGGACGGACCGGCCUCUCCGCCGGUCCCAGCCCAGCCAGCAGCGUUGUUCUAGCCGCCAGAUCGAGCACGGGGAGUGGCAGCAGCAAUAGCAGCUCUGCGCUGGCAGCACCGGGAUCAACGUCUGCGCGAAAGCGGCCGCCACAGGGCGGCGUGACGGAUCCUGCACAUUCUAGCAUGACACCACGCAGGGUUGUCGGCGCGUCAGGGUCUCAAACUGUUCAUGCGGGCAGCUCAGUGAAGCCAAUCAGCCGCUCAACCGCAACUGCUGGGCACGGUACAGUCGGGAAAUCCUCGGGGCGGUCUUCGCACUCUGCCUCUGCUUCAGCGCACUCGGGCAGCACCGCCCCGUCGCCGCCAAUGUCCCCUCCGCCGAAACGCACGUUGGCGACUGCCGCCGCUGGGAUGGCAACUGCGGCCAUGGCAGCGGCCUCGGCGGCAGCCAAGCGUCCUGCUGCCGCAAAGCCGUCGCCGGCAGCUGCAGUUGCGGUAUCCCCGGCCGCGGUGGCCACAGCAGAGAGUGAGCUGGAUUGCGAGGUCUCUCACCCGUCCUUGACAUUGCCCACUUUGACUUUAGGACCGGAUAUGUUGGCCGGAGAGUCCCUUGAGGACAUGCUCGCGGGUGAUCCGUGGCUGGCGGCAUCAACGCAGGCGGAUGCCGGUGGCGGUCCGAGUCCCAUUGGAGAACCCGCUCACGGUGUGUCGCCGCGGCCGCGGCCGACAUCCGACGAGCUGCUGCGGCCGCUGACAGCCGCUAUGGCUAUCGGAACAGGCAACAGCGAUUGGUUGGACGGGGACACGGACGCCGAGAUGAACGCGUUGAUGCAGGGGGCCAUUGUAGCCUUUGGUGGUGAGGAUGAGGCCGAGAGUGACCUCCUAGCCGCGCAGAUGACCGCAGUGGCGACGACGGCGGCCGCGGCCGGGCCGACAAGCGCCACACCGGUCGCAAUGGCGCUGCAGGAGCAUGGCGGCAUGGGUGGUGGUGGGUUUCCGGCUGCCAUCCCGUCGCCGCGCCUGCGCGGUAUCCUGCCUGGAUCGACAGCCACAGAGCUUCUGGCUGCUACCACCCUUCGAAGCUCCCAGGAGCCCGUUGUGAGCACUGUGUGUAAGGUGCGAGAGCUGCUUGGCAUCGUUGGGUCUUCCAGUCAGGAGAGCCCUUCUCUCGAUAGCGAGGAGCUCUGGCGCAACAUCACUAACGACGCAAACAAUAUUUUUUCGGAGCACGGAGCCGGUGGGCUUGCCGGUAGCACCGUGAAGUCCACCGCUGCGGCAGUCGCUGCUGCCGUGGCAAUGUCUCGGGACGCUUCUCCGCUCGCUUCUCCAACCGCCUCCCCCUCGCCGAGGGUGGAGGGUGGAGGGGCUUUGGGCGCGGCUGCGCUGGCGUUGUUGGGCCCUUCGUCCCAGCAUGCUUUUCCUGCACGCGGACCCAUGCCAGUCCCCGCGGCGGCAGCAGCCUCGGUGUCUGAUGCAGUUGCAUCUGGCCGGCGCUCCCUGACGGCGGCAGAGCUCGCCGACGUUGGCGGAGCCAAUCAGUUUGACAGCUUGGAGACGGAUGACGGCUUCCUUAGCGACAUCCUGGCCGCAGAGGCGGUGGCAGCUGCCGCAGCGGUCAUCGCCGCCGGAUCGCCGCCAGCAGCGACGAUGACGGCGACGGCAGCGGUCCUGCAAGCUAUGGAGGUUCGCCCGUCCACCGAGUCUGGGGAUGAGCCCUCUGCCGCCAGUAGGCGGCUGAUGUAUCAAGCGAGCAACGCCUCAUCCUUUGGUUACGAUGCGACAGUGGCGUUCGAGGCCACGUUGAUUAGCCGGCAGCUGGCUGGAGGCGCGAUGUCGCUGCCGGCACACAUCAGCGGCGAGGACGCAAUUAUGGAAGGUGACGAAGCCAGCAGCGCAGCGGCAACACCGCAAACCGCAACCCCGCCGGCAAGAGCAACGGCAAGCAUGGUGCCGGAACCGGGCAUGGACAUAGACGUGGAAGAGGGGGAUCAUAAUGAGCUCGUCACGCGUGUGUCGACUGCUCUAGCAGCGACAAGUGAUGAAAAGGACAAAGACACGGGCUCCAACCUGGCCAUGGCGCCUGGUGACCACUUGGAGUUGAAUGGAUCUGGCGUGGAACGGACGGACUUGAGACUAUCGCCGCCGCUGGUGAUGGCGGCAGCGGCGGCUGGCGCGGGUGUCCCGGUCUUGGAAGCAGCUACGGCACCUGCCGCUGCUCCGCCCAUGCCGGACGUUGAUAUGAUGGUUUGCGACAUCCCCGUUACCGCUGACGCGGUUGCGGACCCUGCCGAGGUCCUAUUGCAGGAGGAUGACGUCCAGGCUUUAGAGGCGGCGGCAUGCGCGACGGUGGCAGCGGUGGCAACCUCAGGACCCAUUGACGUGGAGAUGCCCCAGGUUGCUGCACAGCUGCCGCCGAGUGAUUGCCCCGCAGCGGCUUCCGAGGCACUUCAAGCUGCGGCUUCACCUGCUGGGCUGAGGACAAGCUUAGAGGUCGUGGAACCAGCGCCGGGCGGCGGCAUGUCUGUGCCCAGGUCGCCAACAGCCGAGCUGGCGAAGUGCAACAUUUUACCAGAGCUUGGCGCGGCUGUACCAACGCCGGUUGCAGUCCAGACUACGUCGCCGGCAGCCGGGACCACGACGGUGCCUGUGGCCGAUUCCCCGCCAGUGGACAGCUCCAUGGGCGCGAGCCCACCGCAUGCCGCCGCAUCGACGGCCGGGUGGAGCGCAGUGGCGGACACAGCCGUCGAGGCGAUGGAAGAGUGCACUGUUGCGCCCGAGGUGCAGGAGGCGGAUGACGGAGGCGGUGUUGCUGCUGCUCAACCGUUGCCGGGUGGGACCACCAUGGGAACAGCUCACGCGGCGACAGUUCCCUCCGCCACAGCUUGCGACGAGGAGUCUGAGAAAGACUACUCACACGUGACCAUGGAAGCUGGCGUCGAGGAAACGGACCCCCCAGACCGCACUUCCACGCCUAAAUCGCCGCCGACCAGAGAGGAGCCACAGGUCGAGAUGACGGAAGAACCGACUAUGAUGAAAGCAUGUGAGUCUCAUGCAGCACAGCGCUUCCAGGGGCCAUUGCCGUCGAAGCCAGACUCGGGUCAGCGUGGUGUGAUGGGGGUCGCUGCUUCCACUGCCGCCGUGUCCCUGGAAGCUACCGGGGAGUCAAUCGUUGGUGGCGAUUCCAUAUCGUCCGGGGUUGCGCCGCUAGAAGGAAUGGCGCCCCUAGAUGCAUCGGUGGCGGCGGCAGCGGCGCGGUCCGCUGGGUCGACAUCGUUGGGGGAAAGCCCUCGUGCUGCGCGCUCCACGCUUGGCGCUGACGAGGAGGUCUUGAAAGAUUCAGCAGCACACGACGGGGCGUCUCCGGGAAGCGGGGUCCAAACCGCGGGGGGCAUACCAACGUAUGGCUUUCACAACGAUAGCGCGACCGAGCCGCUUUCGGCGGGACCUGCGAUAUCGACAGCCGCCCCGGGUGACACUUUUGUUGCACUCAAAACGGGUGAGGUAGAUCCUGCAACUACAGCUGCAGCAGAGGAGGCUUUGAAACAUGUUGCAGACGGAGGCGACGAUGAUGAUGAUGAUGCCGCGCAAGAGCAGAUGUACGAUGGCACGGCAGGAAUGGAUAUUGACCCAGGCGUGUCGGGCGGUGCUAUGGAGGAGGAUGCCGAUGAUGGAGACCUGUCCGAGGCCGCAGGAACUGGCGAGCCUGAGGAAAGCACGUUGCCUCGUGAAUCGCCCCUGGCUGCAUACGCUGUUCGCCCGGUAUCGUCGUCGGCGUCGCCAGGCGAGGCACGCGAUGAGCUUUUGGAUCAAUCCUGCCGCCCUACCUUGUCCACAGUUAACUCCCACCAGUUAGGAGACGUGGACUACAGCUACAGCUUAGAGGAGGAGGAGACGUCGGAUGCGGAUAAGCGCAGCAUCAGCGGCACCGGCAGCGACGUAAUGGAGGAGCUGCGGCAUAAGGCCCCAGCCGGUGCCGGCGUCGCACUGCUUGCCGCAGCCUCAGGGGUUGUGGGUGCCGCGGCGCCGGCGCCGGCGCUAUCGGCCAAGCACACUACCGACGGCGAUGGUUUGGCCGCCGCCGCCGCCGCUGCCGCCGGAGAGGGCAGUGCAGCGGAGGUCUGUGCUUCGGGCAGUGCUUCAGACGGCGCGGCAGCGGGCAUGGGCCGAAAGCGCGCACGGCUUGUAUCGCCCCGAUCUGACGUCGGUGAGCUGAAAAUUGCCCGCAACGACACUGGAGCUGGCUCGGGCUCAGCGGAUUUUGAUGACCCAGUGUCGGGCGGCUGCGCCACCGCGGAGGAGGUAGUAGGGACCGAGUUCGCUGCUGAUGCUCAGGCGGGAGCUUGUGUGCAUGAAGAUGGCUCCGAAACCAGCGAGCCGCAGGCAAUACCGACUUCUCCUGCAGGUGUGGACAAUCAGUUGGAUUUGCCUGGUGAUGCCGAAAUCCGGGCAGACGCAUGGACUGCGUCCGCAGCAGCACCAACACCCCGCGCCUCGGUGAUUAUAACUCAAACUAACGAUCGGUUGCGGGUAUCGAUAGGGGUCACGGACGAAGCGGUUCUGCUGACGCCGCUUUUCAUCGCGUCACGCGCAGCGUCGCUGGCUCCCAGCCCUAGGAGUCCUGCUGCUGCUAAGAAGCCCAUAGUGGGUAUGCCCACGGUGCCGGCAGUACCCGAGGUGUCCGAAGUCUCUGGCUCGUCCAGUGGCGAUCAGCAACCGCUGUUACACGCUUGGCAGGUGCUGGUUCCCCCGAGCCCCAUAAGCCCCGAUGGCGAGGCCGGCGGGCGCCCCGCAUCCAAUGGCUCCCUCGCCGCUCGAAGGUCUCUUCGCUCCAUGCUCAGUGGCAGCAGCCGUCUCAGCCGCGUCAGUAGCCACCAAGAUGAAGACGGAGAAGCCGCUGCUGUGGUCGCGGCCCAGGCUACGGACGCGACCGCCGCAGCCGCAGACACACUAGAGCCGCUGGCGCCUGUUCCGGCCGCUGAUACCGCGAACUCAGGGGGGUGGCAAGCAACACAGGACUCUGUGAUGGCCGAGUGUACGAGCAGCAGCGGAAGUGCCAAUGCACAGCUGUCAGAGCCGGCCGCGCUGGGUGCUGCCACCAGCGACGUCGUCCAAGCGGCGGCAUCCUUGAGUAACGGCGACGGCAUUGGUGACUCACAUUCGGACGUUGGCGUUUCGAGUCCACCUGCUGCUCCUGAAUUUGGACAACCCGCGAACGGUGCGAAGAUCUCGCCGUCCGUCUCCGCCAGGGCAACGACCGGGUCUCCAAUGGCAGUGGCGGCGCUUGUCGCCUCUUCGGACAAGCAAACCGUCGGCAGCCUGGCACCUGGCAAUGAGGACGACGAGGAGCAGCUGCAGCCAGCCUGGAAGCUUGCGGCGGCGGCGGCGGCGGCAGCGGCAGCGGCCGAUGAGACGGACGCCGGCGGCUUCAGCUCAGCCGCCGCACGGUCAUCGCUUGGUGUACGACGUUCGCUGCGCAGCAUGCCGCUGACCUCGGCCGGUAGCCGCCUGAAGCGCAGCUCCUCGCAUUCUAGCUUCUCUGCUUCCGCUUCCUUGGCUGAGCAGCUCGACACUCCGGCCCCUGCUGGAGACGUCGGUGCCGAGGCCGCUCAAGGCGCAGUAAGGCCCCAGCUGGACGAAAAAGCUUGCACAGACGGCAGCAGCGCUGCGGCUGCUGCUGCUCCUGCUGCAGACGCGGAUGCUGUUGCGACCGCCACUAAAGAGGCGGCACCGGUGGCGACUACCACAGCGGCAGCGGCGGUGGUCCUGGCGGCGGAGCACGGCAGCGGUGAUGAGGGGGCACUGCCACCGGCGUGGAAAGUGAUCGCCGUGCCCGCAGUGCCCGCUGCGGACACUCCUGACAUCGUUGCUGCGGCACGGUGUGCGCCGCUAGGCGCGCAGCCGAGUUUCCGCUCCUCUAGAGCGGGCAGUAGUCGACUCCGGCGAGCUAGCGCGCCGGACGCUGACGAUUUUGACUUUGCAGCGGAUACGCUGGGCCGCGGAUACAUUGUCGAUUCCAACGAGGGCAUAGGCUCAGAGGGUGCUUCACAGGAAAGGAGUGCCGGCUUGAACCCAGAGAGUAUGGCAGACGCCGCCGCAGCAGCAGCAGCAGGAGCAACGGCAAUGGCAAUGGCAAGGUCUGGUGAUGACUUCGCCGAGACGGGUGAUGUCUUGGAGCUAGGCGGGAGCCGGUCACGGUCAUGCACAUUCCACGGCAACGACAGUGCGAGCAAUGCUGGCGGCACGGCACUGCAGCCCGUCGCCAGCGUGAGCUACAGCUCUGACAGCUGGGCGGCGCCGCGGGUGCUGUUGCGCGGCAGCAGCAUGGGCCGGACGGGCGGUCUCUCCGUCGGCGGUCUCGCCCGGAGCUUACGCCGCGUAGGCACCAUUGGCGGCGGCGGCAGCCCGGCACGUGUCGGCGUUUCCGAGAACGGCAGCAUGUCAUCGUCAUGGGCGGCGCGCACCUCCAGUCACCGCAUCACAUCGGAAGCCGUGGGCUUUGUUCCGCUACCGCGCCGUUCCGUCGGCGGCGGCGAUCCGCACGUCGACGCGUUACGGCCUGCCUGGCAGGUUUUGCCGCUGCCGGAGUCACCGAGGAGCCCUUGCAGCAAAAGUACCGACGAGGCUGGCGGCGGUGCUGGCGCUGCUGCGCCCUUGGCUGCUAACAUGCUGGCUAGCAUGCGCAGCAGCAGCCGGCUCAGCCGCAUGAGCAGCGGCAUUCCAGAGGACUUGCUAGCGGAGCUGCGAAUGCAGGCGUACGCUGCUGUGGGACACCUUCAGGGCUCCCCACAUGGUGACGACAGCGCCGGCGGCCUGGCGGACAUGGAGGCAUCUAUGGAGGACAGCGCCGCGCACGAGCGGCUGCUGCUACCUGGUACCACCCUUAGCGGAGGCGGAGGCGGCGGCGGUGGCGAGGCCGCUGCCGAUAGUCCGACAGCCGGCAAUGACGGCGCUGCUGGCAUGCUACAUGCGUGGAAGGUGCUGCCUCUGCGCGCACCGGCGCCGUCGGCUACGGGCAUGGCAGGGCCUGAGGCGCACGCCGCAUGUACUCGGCUCGCGUCCCUCUCUGAAUCCUUUGGUAGCUUACGUGGCAGCCGUUUGAGCCGUACCAGCCUGGCUGUCGAGGACUAUGUGGACGAGUCGUACACCAACACGCCCAUUGCCGCCGGCCCCGCUGAUGGCGAUGGCGGCGCCGGCGGCGCCAGUGCCGCUGAAUGCCACUCUGCCGACCGCAUCGCCCCCGCCAACGCGGCUAAUCAAAGCGCUAUUGCGGAAGCAGCUGCUGCUGCUGCGGCGGCGGUAGCGGCGGAAGCAGCCGUCAUCGUUGAGAAUGCUGACGGAGAAUCUCUGGCGGGACCUUCCACGGCAGCGGCGGCGGAGCCGCCGCUUCCGGCAUCGACGUCUCGCUCGCCUUCGGAGCGCAGCUCUGCGCCUGCUGCCAUCGGCGGCCUGCCAGCGGAGGUGCUGUACGCCGCUGAGGUGCGCGCCUCCGCCGGCGGUCGCCGGUCGAGUCCUGGGGCCCACCCCAUCGGCGAUCUAACCUCGGAGGACGGCCGGGCGCCGUUGCCAGAGAGCCCCAUCGUCCGCGCGCUCAACAGUCGGCCGUCUCUGCGUUCCAGUCGCAGCUCUAGCGGCAGCCGGCUCAGCCGCGUUGGCAGUGCGCGCGACGGCGCCGCCACCGCGGCCGGAAGCGCCGCCUCCGCCGCCACCGUGGCCGGAAGCGCCUCCGCCGCCACCGCGGCCACGUUAUUACUGUCCGACAUUCACGAAGACGACAAUGAGGGCCAGACGCUACAGCAGUCGUCUGGCGGCCACAGCGGCCGGCCAGACGCGCAAUCCGCGGAGGCUGUGGCAGACGCGCGGUUCACGGAGCAGUCGCCGCCCGCGCCUCCGCUGCAGGCGAGCCCACGGGGUACGUCACCGUCUAAGGAAGUUCCUGGAGUUGCUGGCGGCGUCGGUGGAGGGCUCGAUUCGCUGGGCUCGAAGCUGCUGGCGAUGGUCGCUGGUGUCACCCACCGGGCGCCGCGGAGCAGCAGCGUUGGCAGCAGCCGCCUCAGCCGCAUGACCUCGCAGGUAUCGGAAGUGGGGCUUGAGAACAUUGUGGAGGAGGGCGCGGAGGCCGCAGCCGCGGUCGACGGCCAGCCCGCAGCCGCUGUCACAGCACCGGCAGCAUCGGGAACAGCACCGGCAGCGUCGGCACCGGCUGGCGAGGAAGGCUUUGAAUACAACGGCAGCGCCCUGGGAUAUGACCGGGUCUCGUCGGGAAGGGCGCCCCCGCCGGCGCCAAGCGCCGGCGCGGCGCGCAUCGGUUCGCCUGCAUCGGCAGGGGCGAUAACACCGCUUGCAGGGCCGCAUGGGGUUCUGCGAUCCGCUCAGCACCCUGGGACUUCGCCAGUGGCCUCAGCAACAACAACAGCAGCAGCAGCCGCAGGAGAGCCCCGCGGGGAGGACGACGCUGAGGCUGGUGCGUUGCUGCCCGCAUGGAAAGUGCUGGUGCCUACGGGCGGUAGUUUGGCUGCCGCUGGCGUGCGUGAUGCGGACACGCUUUCUGGCGAGCGCACGUCGCCGUCGGCUGCGCCCGGGUCAACGCGGCAACCCUCCUUGCGCAGCAUUGGUAGCAGCAGAUUACGCCGCGUGACAAGCGGCUUGGAUGAGCCAACGGCUGAGGCUGGCGGGGAUCCUGUUGCUUUGGUCGCUGCAGCAGCGACAGCGGCGGCGGCGGGCGAUGGCGCUGCCUCUCCAGCGGGCGACGCUGUUAGACAUGGUAGCCAUCAUCACACACAAACCUCCCCUCACGCUGACGAACACGGCAAUGUGUUGAAGGCGAAUCUGCCCAGCACGCAGAUCGCCUCUCCCGGGCUGGGCAGUGGCGGCGCCACUGUUUCACCCGAUCAAAAGCUGAAGCCACCGUCAGCGGUGGCCGCGGCAGCAGCGGCGGCUUCCACGCCCUCACCGCAACGGCCUGCUGGCACAAGGAUCUCGGAAGUAGAGGAAGCAAGCGCAGGUUCAUCUCCUGCCAGGCCGCCAAGGUCGGUUGCGGCAGCUUCUGCCGUAACCCCAGGGCGCGGGGAGCUGGACCCCACGGCAACACCGAGGGGAGUGCUGGGUGAUGGUGCGCAGGGAGCUGCUGCGGACGCGUCGCCCCGCUUGCAGUCUACGGAACUGGUGCAGCUCGGUGCUGGUGUGGGGCCCGGUCCGGGGACGGAUGGGGAAACUGCGGCUUCUGUAGGUCCGCAAUCUCCUCGGGCGCUAGGCAGGCGGAAUCGUGCGUUCCUUAGUUGCCUGGUGUGCUUUGGCGGAUCGAAGGUCACGGAGUAG